GGGGAAGAAAAAGAUCGGAUUACAAGAUGGCGGUCUGUGGACGAUAGUGAAGAGGCCGUCGUAGUUGUUUUCAACGGUGAAUUUUACAGUUCGAUAGAUAUCCUGCUUUCUGCGGGUAAAAACAAAACAAUCAACCGCGUAAUAUGUUCAUUAAUUAGCACAUUAUUGUAAAUCAUACUCAGAUGUAUGUCUGGGACAUGCGGGUAGAAACACGUUUGAAGCUCGGGGAUAAGAACAUAGCUAGACAACUAUUUUAAAGAUAGGGUGAACUAACGUUAGUGUUGGCUUGCUAACGCGUUAGUUUUUCCUCAAGGUAACUAUGUCGGACACUCGGCGGCGUGUGAAAGUAUACACGCUGAAUGAAGACCGACAGUGGGACGACAGGGGCACAGGACAUGUCUCGUCUACCUUUGUCGAACGACUAAAGGGAAUAUCAUUAUUAGUUCGGGCCGAAUCCGACGGCUCACUUCUUCUGGAGUCUAAAAUCAGCCCAAAUACUGCAUAUCAAAAACAACAAGAUACUCUGAUCGUGUGGUCUGAAGCAGAGAACUAUGAUCUGGCUCUGAGUUUUCAGGAAAAAGCUGGCUGUGAUGAAAUCUGGGAAAAGAUUUGUCAGGUGCAGGGAAAAGACCCUGCGCUGGAGAUCACCCAGGACCCCAUCGAUGAGUCUGAGGAGGAGCGCUUCGAGGAGAUGCCAGAGACCAGCCACCUGGUGGAGCUGCCUCCAUGCGAGCUGGCCCGGCUGGAAGAGAUCGCUGACCUUGUCACUUCUGUCCUGUCCUCGCCCAUCCGCCGGGAGAAACUGGCCCUAGCCCUUAUGAGCGAAGGUUACAUGAAGAAGCUACUGCAGCUCUUCCAGGUGUGUGAAGACCUGGACAACCGUGAGGGCCUACAUCAUCUGUAUGAGAUUGUGCGUGGCGUGCUUUUUCUCAACAAGGCGGCUCUGUUCGAGGUCAUGUUCUCAGACGACUGCAUCAUGGACGUGGUGGGCUGCCUGGAGUACGACCCGGCGCUGGUGCAGCCCAAAAUGCACCGUGAGUUCCUCACCAAGACGGCCAAGUUCAAGGAGGUGAUCCCCAUCACGGACUCAGAGCUGCGGCAGAAGAUCCACCAGACGUACCGUGUGCAGUACAUCCAGGACAUCAUCCUUCCCACUCCUUCUGUCUUCGAAGAGAACUUCCUUUCCACCCUCACAUCCUUCAUUUUCUUCAACAAGGUGGAGAUAGUCAGCAUGCUGCAGGAGGAUGAGAAGUUCCUCACUGAAGUCUUUGCACAGCUAACAGAUGAAGCCACAGAGGACGGUAAAAGGAGGGAACUAGUGAACUUCUUCAAAGAAUUUUGUGCUUUUUCACAAACCUUGCAACCGCAAAAUAGAGAUGCUUUCUUCAAGACUCUGGCGAAUCUAGGCAUUCUUCCUGCUCUUGAAAUAGUCAUGGGGAUGGACGACCUGCAAGUGAGGGCUGCAGCCACAGACAUAUUCUCAUACCUGGUGGAGUUCAGCCCCUCCAUGGUCCGAGAGUUUGUUAUGCAGGAGCCACAGCAGACUGAUGAUGAUGUGCUGCUGAUCAAUGUGGUGAUAAAGCAGAUGAUCUGUGACUCGGACCCUGAGCUGGGGGGUGCUGUGCAGCUGAUGGGGCUCCUACGUACACUGAUUGACCCAGAGAACAUGCUGACGCCCACCAAUAAAACGGAGAAGACCGAGUUCCUCAGCUUCUUCUACAAGUACUGCAUGCAGGUCCUAACAGCCCCUCUAUUGGCCAACACUGUAGACGAGAAGAAGUCCAAAGCUCUGCAAGAGGGGUCCACCAAGAUCAACCCAGUGUGUCCUGAUAAUUUCCAGACAGCUCAACUCCUGGCUUUGAUUCUGGAGCUGCUGACAUUCUGUGUUGAGCACCACACGUACCACAUAAAGACAUACAUCAUGAACAAGGACCUGCUACGACGAAUCCUGGUGCUAAUGAACUCUAAACACACCUUCCUGGCGCUGUGUGCUCUGCGCUUCAUGAGAAGGAUAAUCGGGCAGAAGGAUGAGUACUACAACCGCUAUAUUAUCAAAGGGAACCUGUUUGAGCCAGUCAUCAACACUCUGCUGGAUAAUGGCACUAGAUACAACCUCCUAAACUCAGCCAUCAUCGAACUCUUUGAGUUCAUCAAAGUUGAGGAUGUUAAGUCCCUGAUAGCACACAUCAUAGACAACUACUACAAAGCACUUGAAUCCAUUGAAUACGUCCAGACGUUCAAGGGCCUAAAGGGCAGAUAUGAGCAGGAGAAGGACCGACAGACCCUGAGACUCAACAGAUAUCGUAGGGAUGCCCGAACGCUGGACGAGGAUGAGGAAAUGUGGUUCCAUGAAGAUGAGGAUGAUGACGAAGGAGAGGCUGUAGAGAAAAGUAGGCCAGAGGAAGAGUUCCCAGAGAGCUACGGAAAGUAUAUGGAAGCAAAAAAAGGGGCUGCCAACGGUGCCAACGGCAAGCCAGCUCCUUCACACGCCGCCUCAGCCAGUCCCAACGGCUCCCCAGCCAAGUCGGACGCGACACCCGGCACCCUGGUAGUCAAGACUGCAAUGGUCGGCCUUGUAGACUACCCUGACGACGAAGACGAGGAGGAAGAAGACGAAGAGCAGUCGCCACGGAAACGGCCCCGUCUGGGCUCCUAAGCCAGUGAAAUCGUCUGGUCUUGGUCAGCUGUGCCACAGUCACAGUCCACUGGACAGAGACCACUCCCACCUUCCUACCCUGCCCCUACGUCCCCAUAUCUGGCCUGUGGACCAGAGAGGUUGAACAGUGCCAUGGUUUCCCUGUUGGUCCAGCAGGGGCGCUGCACUUCACCCAAACCUCAGUCGCUCUACAGAAGGGGGAGCAGGUGCUAAUGGGAGAGCCAGUCAGGCUAGCAGGACUAGCCGCUUAGUAAUGGAAGCUUGAUUGGCUGACCCUACAGAACUGUUCCUUUGGGUUGGGUGGAGGGAACUAGGCAAAAAGAGGGGAUAAGUAACACAAAAAAACGAACCUACAGAAAACAAGUUUCUUAGUUCUGAGGAGCAGGACUCAACUGUCAAAGCUGGGGCUGCAUUGCAGAGGCUCACACACAACUAGUCAGGAAUCCAGUAUUCAUGAGUUUAAAAGUACUGUACAGUUUCUUUUUUUUUCAUAUGCCCCUUAAGUGAUUUUAAAAAGGGGAGAGCUAUACCUGCCAGUGUAUUUUUUUUUUUUUUUUUUUUGCUGCACAAAUGGUGGGACCACUGUUCACCUUUAAUUAAAUUCAUUGUAGAAAGCAAGAGUUGCAAUUCUGAUAUUAAACUGCAGUAAAGUCAUUUUUGCAGCCCACUGAGAAUGUCUGAAGUUUGUGUAUUCAGUGGCUUUGACUCACUGGCUCCAGAUGUCUAUUUUCCAGCAGGUAUGUAUCUUGUUUUAAAAGAACAGAAACCCUUCUCAGUGGUACAUGCUACCGGUGAUCCAGUUGAGUUUGUUGCUAGCACACUUCCUGUGGGUCAGAACAUAUUUCAAUCCAAAAUUGCAGCAGUGGUGGCUAGACCAGCUACUGCCAUUUAUAUAGACCAGGGAUGCCCCCUCAUCCCCAUGUUUGUUGUUGAACAGUGUGGGUCUCAAUUUACUGUUGGGUUAGAAUAGUAGAAUACACUAGGUGCAAUUUUGUUGCAUCAGUAGUUUCUCUUCUGACAGUCACUCAAUUAGCCCAUGUUGACAAUUGAUAAAUUAGUCUAGGCCAGCUAUCUAAACUUGUGGUCAUGGUUGAAUUACCUACCGGGUGCCCCAUUUAAUAUAUCUGAUGAUCAACUGCAAACGCAUCCACCCUUUUACAAAAUGUGUAGUAUAGCAUGAAACUAAAACUUCAAAUUCGCUGUCAAUAUAUGGGGGCUGCUAAAUUGUUUUGCUCGCAAGGUGGGUGUAACAAUUUAGCUUCGGCGCCCAAAGGGCCAGGGCCUACUCUGACUGCAUCUGUGGGUAUGGAUGUGUGUAAGAAGACCUGCGAGCCGUUGCGGCCCCGCUUGUGUUCAGAUUUUGGGUGGUCCCUACCCCCAUCUAUUGCCUAUCCCUGAUAGACGUAGUUUGAGAUGUCAGGAAGAGGUGGAAAGCAUUUGUCGAAGUACGUACAGCAUCUGUGAAUGCCCAAAUGUAACCAUUUCAAAUGUCUAGAGGUUUGUUUUCUCCAUGAAAUGUGUACGAAGUGCAUUUACUACCACUAUCUCCAGUCUAAAAUUUUGUAUACAGUUGAUACGUUUUCAGAUUAAAUGUGACCCUGGCA